UCGCUUUUCGUCGCAACUCUCUUCAACCGUCCUUCUGUAUUUGACGUUAUCUCGCUUCAGACUCUUUCUCUCUUCUUUUUUCUCCUUCAUCCCAAAUGUCUCUUCUUUUUCUCUAUCUUCAACGCCCAUUCUCAGAGGGCAGAAACUAGGUUUCUCUCUCUCAAUCAUCCAAAACCAGCUCAAAGUAGGCCCGGAUCCAAAGAUCCAAUUUUUUGGCCUCUCUCUCUCUCCUUUGAAAAUUCACCAGGAGAUAACUCAUAUAGGCCUCUCUCUCUAAACAACGCCACCCACCUCUGGUUUUUGGAGAUGGGUACUGAACAACCUGCACUAUUGGAGACCUCGGAGGCUUUGUUGGGCGGUUCUCAAAAGAUUGGAGAUGAAUUUGAGGUUGUUGAGAAGAUACCGCCAUGGAAAGAUCAGAUCACAUUCAGAGGCCUGUUUGUUAGUGCUAUUCUUGGAGGUCUCUUCUGUGUAAUUACUCAUAAGCUCAAUCUCACAGUCGGGGUAAUUCCCUCUCUUAAUGUCGCUGCUGGUUUGUUGGGUUUUUUCUUGAUCAAGACAUGGACUGGUUUUGUAUCCCAAUUAGGUAUUUGGACUACUCCUUUUACCAGACAAGAAAACACUGUUAUCCAGACCUGCGUUGUUGCCUGCUAUGGCCUCGCAUUCAGCGGAGGCUUUGGGUCAUAUUUGCUAGCCUUGGAUCAGAGGACAUAUGAACUUCUUGGAGCUGAUUAUCUGGGUAAUAGGCAAGAAGAUGUGAAAAAUCCAUCAUUGGGGUGGAUGAUUGGGUUCAUGUUUGUUGUUAGUUUUCUUGGCUUGUUCAGUCUUGUGGCACUCAGGAAGGUAAUGGUAAUUGACUACAAGCUCACAUAUCCUAGCGGUACAGCCACAGCUACGUUGAUAAAUAGCUUUCAUACAAGUUCUGGUGCUGAACUUGCAAGGAAUCAAGUUCGCUCCCUUGGCAAAUAUUUAAGCAUUAGCUUGUUCUGGAGUUUUUUUAAGUGGUUCUUCAGUGGUAUUGGAGACUCAUGUGGCUUUGAUAACUUUCCCAGUCUUGGGCUGGAAGCAUUAAAAAACACAUUUUAUUUUGACUUCAGCCCAACGUAUAUCGGGUGUGGUCUUAUCUGCCCACAUAUAGUCAAUUGUUCAGUGCUGUUCGGGGCAAUUGUAUCAUGGGGUUUUUUAUGGCCAUUUAUUUCACAACGUGCUGGUGAUUGGUAUCCAGCAAAUCUUGGUAACAAUGACUUUCAAGGUCUCUUUGGAUAUAAGGUCUUUAUAGCAAUCGCUCUUAUCGUUGGAGAUGGGCUUUACAACUUGAUCAAGAUUGUAGUUGUAACAGUCAGGGAAUUAUGUGCUCAACGCUCAAAGCAGAGCAAGAUUCCACUGAUCAACAAUUUUCGAGACAGUGAAGUUUCAAAAGUAAUUCUCGAGGAGAGAAGAAGGGAUGAAACAUUCCUCAGGGACAAAAUACCCUCAUGGAUUGCUGCCUCAGGAUACAUAGGCCUUGCUGCAAUAUCCAUGGCCGCUAUUCCCCGCAUAUUCCCCCCUCUCAAAUGGUAUCUGGUCCUCUUCUGUUAUAUUGCUGCCCCAUGCUUUGCCUUUUGCAACUCUUAUGGAUGUGGCCUGACUGACUGGAACCUUGCCUCCACUUAUGGAAAUCUUGGUCUAUUCAUAUUUGCCUCUUGGGUAGGCCCAAAUGGUGGGGUCCUUGCCGGCUUAGCUGCAUGUGGGGUCAUGAUGUCUAUUGUUUCCACAGCUGCUGACCUUAUGCAAGACUUCAAGACUGGUUAUCUCACAUAUUCGUCUCCUCGGUCUAUGUUUGUUAGCCAAUUGAUUGGAACCGCUAUGGGUUGUGUCUUGGCCCCUCUCUCCUUUUGGAUGUUUUGGAAUGCCUUUGAUAUAGGCUCUCCUGAUGGUCCAUACAAGGCUCCAUAUGCGGUUAUAUUUAGGGAGAUGGCUAUAUUGGGUGUUGAGGGCUUCUCUUCUUUGCCCAAGUAUUGCUUGGAGAUGUGCUGUGGAUUCUUUGCUGCAGCUUUGGUCAUUAACCUCUUGAGGGAUGUGUUGCCUAAAGGAGUGGCUAAUUAUAUCCCAAUUCCAAUGGUAAUGGGUAUACCCUUUUAUAUUGGGGCGUAUUUUGCAAUCGAUAUGUUUGUGGGGACGGUGAUUUUAUAUGUUUGGGAGAGGAUCAAUGAGGAGGAGGCAGAGGCAUAUGCAGGGGCAGUUGCAUCAGGUUUGAUAUGUGGAGACGGCAUUUGGUCCAUUCCUUCAGCCGUGCUUUCAAUUUUCAAGAUUAAUCCUCCUAUAUGUAUGUCCUUUGGGCCUUCUACAAGUAGCUGAAUGAAUGGUCAGAUGGGCUGCGCUCUGCAUGAUGAUUAGGAUUCGUCAUACAGGCAUUGUACAUAAUUAUGUAUGAUGCUUCUCUGGUUCUAUUAUCUUCAAGACAGAACUGCAGGUUGCUCUCUUUUCAUCCACAUAGUGUUCUAGUUUUUCAUGAGCAUAAUUUAUGUGGGAGCAUGCGUAAGCUUGGAUGCAUGUGCAUGAACAUGAACGUCAAUGUAAAUAAGUGUCAUGGAUGCAUUAACUUCCGCAACAGCCUAAGCUAAUCUACAUGCAUAUUUAGGCAGCUCAUGAGUGCUUCAUAUGCAUACAUCUAGUGAAUUUGUGCUUGCCUGGAUGUUUAAUACCAUGGUUAUCUUUAUCUA